AUGUCGAUUUCUUCGUUGGGGUUUGCAAUCUCAAGGCCAACUUCUUCUUCAUCUUCAUAUACGAAUUUAGUGAACUCUCGCAUCGUUGGACUCGCUACGUCUUCUUUGUUAUGGGCAAAGAAAAAACCUCACCUCAUAAACACAAAGCUCAAGCAAAAGCUCUGCGUUAAAGUUUCAGCUAAAGAGAUUCCGCAGAAACUAGAGGAAGAUUCCAAGUUUGUACCUUUGGAUCCUCAAGAUCCUGUAUUCGGCCCUCCAGUUUUGUUGUUGCUUGGCUUUCAAUUUCAUGAAGCACAAAAGGUACAAGAGCUUCUUAAGGAGCUCGAUGGCGAAUUCAUGAAGAUUAUGUUCUGUACGGAAGAUAUGAUCCCGCGUUCGUUAUGGGAAGCAGUCAACACAAGACAGACUGACCUGAAGAGAGUGAAAAUAGCGGAGUCGCUGCCUAGGAUCUGCUUCUUAUCUGGUUUGACAGGAGAGGAGAUGAUGAUGUUCAUUGAUGCGUUUCCAGAAACCGGGCUAGAACCAGCAGUGUUUGCAGCUAUGGUUCCGAACAGUGCUGAUAAACCUAUCUUGGAAUUGAUGGAGGAAAUCAUGGGAGAUCACGAGUUGAUGGUUAGUGAAUCUCUAAAAAUGACGCACCAAAGUCACUAG